UCGGGCAGGGCACGGAGAACAGGGCGGCUGUGAGAGAGGCGGGGGGUGGCACGGGGUACACGGGGUACACGAGGUGACGCCGCCCCGCGACAGAAUGACGGGAAUGGAGACUGAAGCUGCAAGAGACAAAGCCAUGGAAGAGGAAAGCACUGAACAGAAGAAAGAGAGGGAGAAAAAGAAGAGGUCAAGGGUGAAGCAGGUGCUUGCAGACAUAGCUAAACAGGUGGAUUUCUGGUUUGGCGAUGUUAAUCUCCACAAAGAUAGAUUUCUUCGAGAGCAAAUAGAAAAGUCCAGAGAUGGAUAUGUUGACAUAUCACUGCUUGUUUCUUUCAACAAAAUGAAAAAAUUGACUACUGAUGGAAAAUUGAUAGCACGAGCAGUUAAAAGUUCAUCUGUUGUAGAGUUGGAUUUAGAAGGAACUAGGAUUAGAAGACGCCAGCCGCUGGGUGAACAACCAAAGGAUGUGGAUAGUCGUACAGUCUAUGUGGAGCUUCUUCCCAAAAAUGUCAAUCACAGUUGGAUUGAGAGGGUGUUUGGGAAGUGUGGCAAUGUAGUUUAUGUCAGCAUACCGCGGUAUAAAUCUACUGGUGAUCCCAAGGGAUUUGCUUUUGUUGAAUUUGAAACUAAAGAGCAAGCAGAAAAAGCUAUUGAGUUUUUAAAUAAUCCUCCAGAAGAAGCACCACGGAAACCUGGGAUUUUCCCCAAAACAGUCAAGAAUAAGCCUGUCCCUGCACUCAAUACAAGUAACAGCAGUGUAGUGGAGGAGAAGAAAAAGAAGAAAAAAAAGAAGUCCAAAAUUAAGAAAGAAGGCAAUGUACAGGCAGCUGCAGAGGCAAAGGAAAUUAAUGUGAACACUACAACAGAGCAAGCCCCCAAGUCAAAAAGACACAGGACUUCAUCAGAAUGUUCAGAAAUGGGGGGAACUGAGGUUCACAGGCAGCUCUCAAAAAGAGAGAAAAGAAAAUGGGACAGAUCAGAAAGCUCAGAAGUACCCAUGGAAAGCAGGCCAGGAAAGAGAAAAAGAAGUAGCUCUGGAGAUGGUGAGGCAUCAGUUGCAAAAGUCAAGAAGACUGUUCAGAAGGAUGAAGUUCAUCCUGUAAAAGAGGAACCAACAGAAGCUCCAAAAGAUUCUAAUGAUGUUCCUGUGGAAGAUGAUAAAGAUGGUGAUAAAAAAGACGCAUCCUUUUCAAAAUCUAAAAGAAAACACAAGAAAAAACACAAAGAAAGACACAAGAUGGGUGAAGAAGUUAUUCCACUCAGAGUACUCUCAAAGACUGAAUGGAUGGAUUUGAAGCAAGAAUAUUUGGCUCUUCAAAAAGCCAGCAUGGCCUCCUUAAAGAAAACAAUGUCCCAAAUCAAACCUGAGCCUGUGGGAGAGAUGGAAACAAAUAACUGUGCACCGAAAAAUCUUCAGUCUAAAAAUGGCAAAUCCACCAGUGAAGAUGGUGCCCCUCCUGUCAAGGCUAACACAAUGGGGCCCCAGUUUGUGAGUGGAGUAAUUGUGAAGAUCAUUAGCACUGAGCCCCUGCCGGGCAGGAAGCAGAUCAAGGAUGCUUUGGCAAUGCUGGCUGAUGUUGCUUAUGUUGACAUGCUAGAAGGAGACACAGAAUGCCAUGUCCGUUUUAAUACUCCUGAGGAUGCACAGACAGUCAUGAAGUCUCACAAAGACCUACAGAUAAAAAACAACUGGAAAUAUGAAAUUCUUACUGGUGAUAAUGAACAACGUUACUGGCAGAAGAUUUUAGUGGACAGACAAGCUAAACUUAACCAGCCUCGAGAAAAGAAGCGGGGUACUGAAAAGUUGAUUGCCAAAGCUGAAAGAAUGAGACUUGAAAAGACUCAACAGACAAGUAAACACAUUCGCUUCUCUGAAGAUAACUAAGGCUGAAUGUAGUCUUGAAAUUGAACCACGAUUUAAAAAAGAAAAAGGAAAAAAAAAAACAACCAAGCCCAUCCCUGCUUACAGCAACUAAACUGUUCUUAAGAAGGAAUCAGAAACCCGUUCAUUUGACUCAUAAUUCUGCAGACUGCAAGUAUGAACAUUACUCCGAAUCCCAUUUUUGAGUAGGCUGAAUGUUUACUGCUUCUGAGCCCUUAGGUAGAGCUUUAUGGAAAGGAAAAAUGUAUUACAAGAGAUCUUGCUCUAGUUCACUUUGGGUUGUUUUUUUUUUUGUAUGUUGAAGUUUUAUACACGAGGUUAUGAAAUAAAAUUCUUGAGACAUUUUCAGUUGUGCUUCUUUAAUUUGGUGUUUGGACACUAGAAAUAAUAAAGCCGUUUAAUGGUAAA